AUGGCACGGCACGGCGCCAGCCUGCUGCUGCUGCUGCUCGGCAUGAUGCCAGCUCUCCUGGUGGCCGUCAGGAUCAACGGCAAGGGCCGCGAGGUUCUCUACCUGGCCAAGGGCGACUCGGUCAAGCUGGGCUGUCCGUAUGUCCUGGAGCCCGAGGACAACGGACCCCAGGGCGUGGGCAUCGAGUGGAUCCAGAUCAGCCCCGAGAGACCCAGCCCCGAGAACGUGUUCCUGUCCUACCAGGACCACCACGUGAACUACGGCAGCUCGGGGCUGCAGGACCGCGUGGCCUUCGUGCAGACGGACCCGGGCCAGCGCGACGCCUCCAUCCGCGUGGACCUGCAGGAGAGCGACACCGGCACCUACCAGUGCCGCGUCAAGAAGAACACGGUGGCCGUGCACGAGGUCAUCGUCACCGUGCAAGGUGGCCCUGACAGUGUCCCGUGUCCCCCCGCCCCAGCAGAGAAGCCGGCGGCCCCGCAGUGCUGGAGCGAGGGGGAGCUGAUCGAGGGGGGCUCGGUGCUGCUGCGCUGCUUCAGCCGGGGGGGCACCGCGCCCCUCUCGUACCAGUGGGCAAAGCUGGGAGGCUACGGCGGGGGGCGCCUGCCCGCGGGCACCCUGCAAGGCCGUGCCCCCGGUGACCUCCUGAUCCGCAGCCUGACCGUCGGCCACGCUGGCACCUACCAGUGCCGUGUCACCAACCGCGUGGGCUACUCGGUGUGCCAGCUGAACCUGAGCCCCGGGCCACGUGACCGUGUCCCCGUGCCAGGCGGGCGCCAGGCUGGCAUCAUCGUGGGCUCCAUCCUGGGCUCGCUGCUCCUGCUCAGCCUCCUGGGGCUGCUCAUCUGGGCACUGAUCGCCCGCUACCAGCGCAAGGAGUGCCAGCGCGCCUGCAGCGACUGCCGGAGCAGCACGGGUGGCACCAUGCCCCGGCCGUGCGCCGCCUGUGCCCACCACUCGUACUCCCCGCAUGGCAUCAGCUACAUGCAGUGCCAGCACGGCGACGGCGACGAGCGCGCGGCCGCGCUGCUCUGCAACGAGGGCAUGCGACACCAGGUCACCUGUCCCGCGCUGUGACACCGCGGCCAACCCAGCGGCGACAGCGACAGCGACACACAGAGAGAGCCCGCCCGCAAAAGCGACGGCAGCAGCGGCUCCCGACGCCAAAAAAACCGAAAAAGCUUCAAAUUCCCACAGAAUCG